UGUGUGAAAAAAUUAUCGGAAGUUCGGACACGUGGACGGUGGAAAACACGACCGGAAAACCAGGGAAUAUUCCGGCUAAGAUACUUUUUUUCCCGCCACAUAUUAAUACUCGGCCUCUUGACUUUCCUUCCAACGGAAUUUCAACCAAUUCAAUAAUUUAUAGCUCCCUCUCAUUACAGGUUCUCGCCUGGAAUCGCUCCAAUCGUACGUACAUUCUGCUCUCUGUUUCAGAAUUUAUCCAUUUGUAUUUCCCCCAAAUUCUAGGGUUAGCUUAUCAUUGCUCCAUAGCUGCGUCUGUCGAAAUUUAAGCCUUGCAGCAGCCAUGUUUCAGAGAUUUCUCGAUAACGAUUUUGAUUAAUUUUCUUCGUACCUGUUCGAGAGCAUUUGCUCCGGAGUAAUGUUUGCAGAGAAAGAGGGAUAUUAGACAAGACAACAAUGGCGGAGGAGAAUCUGCACGUCCUGAGCGCUCUGGACGUGGCGAAAACCCAAUGGUAUCAUUUCACGACGAUCAUCAUCGCCGGGAUGGGAUUUUUCACCGACGCCUACGAUCUAUUUUGCAUCUCUCUUGUCACGAAAUUGCUCGGCCGGAUAUACUACCACGUCGACCGCUCUCCGAAGCCGGGCACCCUGCCGCCGAACGUCGCGGCGGCAGUCAACGGUGUCGCGCUGUGCGGCACGCUCGCCGGGCAGCUCUUCUUCGGCUGGCUCGGGGACAAGAUGGGCCGGAAGAAGGUCUAUGGCGUGACGCUCAUGCUCAUGUGCGUUUGUUCCAUCGCCUCCGGCUUCUCCUUCGGACACGACGCUAAAUCGGUCAUGGGAACUCUCUGCUUCUUCAGAUUCUGGCUCGGAUUCGGCAUCGGCGGGGAUUACCCGCUCUCGGCAACCAUCAUGUCCGAGUACGCUAAUAAGAAGACUCGAGGGGCAUUCGUUGCUGCCGUGUUCGCCAUGCAAGGAUUCGGUAUCCUUGCUGCCGGGGCGUUCUCGAUGCUCGUCUCCUACGUAUUUCAAUUAAGGUUCAAGGCUCCAGCAUACGAGGUCAAUCCGAUCGGCUCAACCGUUCCACAAGCAGACCAUGUAUGGAGGAUAAUUAUGAUGUUCGGCGCCAUCCCAGCUUUGCUAACGUACUACUGGCGGAUGAAGAUGCCGGAAACUGCCCGGUACACCGCCUUGGUCGCGCAUAACGCGAAGAGGGCAGCAGCCGACAUGUCGAAGGUCUUGCAGGUGGAAAUCGAAGCGGAGCCGCAGAAGGCGGAUCAGAUUGCCGAGAAGCAGAAGAGCUACGGUCUAUUCUCAAAGGAAUUCUUCGUACAACACGGGCUUCACUUGCUCGGAACCACAUCCACUUGGUUCUUACUCGACAUCGCGUUCUACAGCCAGAAUCUCUUCCAGAAAGACAUCUUCACCGCAAUUGGUUGGAUUCCUCCGGCAAAAACCAUGAGCGCGAUACAAGAAGUGUUUGUAAUCGCCCGGGCACAGACCCUAAUUGCGCUGUGCAGCACAGUCCCAGGGUACUGGUUCACGGUGGCCCUCAUCGACAUCAUCGGACGGUUCACUAUACAGAUCAUAGGAUUCUCGUUCAUGACAGUGUUCAUGUUCGCCCUCGCCAUUCCUUACCAUUACUGGACCAAACCCGAAAACCGGAUCGGCUUUGUAGUGAUGUACUCCCUGACCUUCUUCUUCGCAAACUUCGGGCCAAAUGCUACCACAUUUGUCGUCCCAGCUGAGAUCUUCCCAGCAAGGCUGCGCUCGACCUGCCAUGGAAUAUCAGCAGCUUCCGGGAAGCUGGGAGCCAUAGUGGGGGCCUUUGGGUUCUUGUACCUAGCGCAGAACCGAGACCCGAGCAAGGCAGAUCCCGGGUACCCACCCGGAAUUGGGGUGCAGUAUUCACUCCUAGUGUUGGGAGUUAUCAACCUGUUAGGCCUUUUCUGCACAUUCUUGGUCCCUGAAUCGAAGGGAAAAUCCCUGGAGGACCUGUCAGGGGAAAACAGGGAAGCUGGGGGUGCCAGUAGCAGUAAAGCUUAA